GUUCAAUUCCAAACCAACAGACAAGUACCGCGAAAGUGUAGCUUGUACUGUAUCCAUAUAAACUACUAUCGACCUCGUGGGAAACCAUCACAACCGCGAAAGCUGGUUGCAUCGAGCUCAACUGUCAACAUGCCGCCAAGAGUAGCACCUUUCCAGUCGCUGGCUCGCCAAUGUCGCUCCUUCGCGUGCGAGCAAACGGCCAAAUUCUCAUCGACCUCUCCAGCCGCGAAACUCAAUAGACCCUCUGAUAGACCAAGCUCCGGAUCCCAGCUGCUUAAUCAGAUGGACUCGGGCAGCGGCGAGACCGCGGGAAGCGCCAUAGCGAAGAAGUUGUGGAGCGCGAGGAUCCGCGAGAGUAGCGUGAACGAUCAAUCCGCCAAGCAGGAGAGGACUCAGACCCAGCUACGCAAGAGCCAGGUGGCGAGCAACUACCUCCGCCAGUCGCCCCGUCGCUGGAACCAUGGCGAGCUCUACUCGCCUCACGACCUAUCGCCCGAGGAGCUCGCGCGCUUCCGCAAGCCCACACGGCCAAAGUUCGAUGUGAUUGACGUCUUGGGAAUAAACCCGCUAGAUGAGUACCAGAACUUCUCCAUGAUUUCAGAGUACAUGACACCCAUGGGCCGGAUAAAGCACCCCAAGGAGACGUGCCUACGUCCCGUGAACCAGAGGAAGAUUGCCAAGGCUAUCAGGAGGGCUGUAGGCUUGGGAUUACACCCCAGUGUGCAUCACCACCCAGAGAUUCUCAAGAGUCGUUAUGCUAGCGUUUCCUCGUCCAAUAGGCGGAAUGUGUAACCAGCCGCUCGUUCAGCUAUUAUGUUUUUUUAGUAGGCUUUACGGGAGGGAUGUACGAUCAGAUCAGGUCGACCUUGUUCGAAGCAAGCUAUGUCAUCUUCUAUCUCUUUUUUAUAUUUUACAUUUUGUACAACAUUGCUUGUUAUCAACACGUUAUAAAACAUUAUGUACAGGAUCCCAACCGACGCGCCCACGUCUAUAUAUGCUCUAUCGUCACAUAUAAGAGUUACAAAAGAUUUUUUUAAGCCA